GGGGCGAGUCAAUUCAGCGUCUAAUAGCCGUUUUGUGCCGACCUUGACCAUUUGUUUCUGGAUCCAUCCUCGGUCUCCUGGACGCCGGCGCGCAUAUACUACCCAAUACAUCGCCAUCUUUCAGCAUUCAGUCUGUCGGUCUGUGUAUUUGCGCAUAUGUCCGAUCGUGAAGUGUUUACACCCGGUCCCAUCUAUCAGCGUGCGAUUCCUGCAUCCCGGAACACUCUUGCAGUUCAUCCCGUCGUCAUCAUCAGCUGAACCUGACUGAUAACAACAACAGCACUGCUAUCAACACGGCGAGCGCCCGAUUGUGCAGUCAGUUCGGUGCCUGAUCGAGUUGGAGCGCAGCGACGUUGCUCUGCUCCCUUGGAUGUGUUCCUGUUCCCCACAGCAGCAGCAGUAGCAGCAGCAGCAACCAGAAGUAGUAGUUGGCUUUGGAACCGUGGUAACGAGUGGAGCCCUCUUCGAGACAAGCCCAACGCAGCAACCAAGUGUUUAAUCAAGUGGUCUCUCUCGCUCUCUCCCAUCCGUUUGGCCAGCAACACCAGUAGCACACCAUAUCGACCGACCGGACCAACCCAGAGCGGACAAUCAUGAAUGUAUGCGUCGUGGGGGCCGGGGUCGUCGGUUUAACGACCGCGCUGGAGCUGCAGAGUGAGCUGCGGAACGCUAAUGUCACCGUCUUGGCCGACCGGUUCGACCAGGACACGUGCAGUGACGUUGCGGCUGGUCUCUUCCGGCCCGGAACCAGCUUUUCCGGCCCGACGGAGGAAAUCACCAGGAAAUGGAUUUCAGACGCCUACAGCUACUGGGACGAGCUACGCAAGAAGGAGUACUCCGUCAAGGCCGGCGUGUGUCAGUUGUCGGGCUACAUAUUUUCCAGUCGUGAUCCCGCCAUUGUGAGGAAUCACUACAUCGAAAAGGUUGUGCCCGUGUACCGGCCGGCGACGGAGCCGGAACUACGCCUUUGCCCGGGAGAAUGGAAGUACGGAUCGUUCUUUACGACCAUCCUUGCCGAGUGUCGCCUCUAUCAACCGUGGGCCACGGAAAGGUUCCUGGAGAACGGUGGACAAAUUGUGAAGGUUGCAUCGCUGAACAGCUUCCGGGAGCUGCAGGGCAGCAAGUAUGACGUGGUCGUGAACUGCACCGGCCUGGGGGCUAAGCGUUUGUGCAGCGAUCAUAAAUUGGUUCCCAUCAGGGGCCAGAUUACGAAGGUACGCGCCCCCUGGGUGAAGACUGCGUUCUAUGCGGACUUUGAUACGUACGUCAUACCGGGAUUCGAGGGGGUAACGCUCGGAGGAUGCCGGAACUACGACAGUUACAACACGGACGUUUGUCGCCACGAUACGGCAGCCAUUCGGGAACGGUGUGAAGCGUUGCUGCCCAGCUUAAAGAGUGCCCCGGUCCUUCGGGAAGCGGUUGGUUUGAGACCGCAUCGAGAUCCUGUCCGGGUGGAGAUCGAGUUGGUGGCCACAUCGAAUGGAGCGUUGCGUGUGGUUCACAACUAUGGUCAUGGCGGGUAUGGAGUGACUACGGCCCCGGGAACAGCAAAGUAUGCCGUGCAGCUGGUGUACGAUGCUCUCAAGAGCAAUAGCAAGCUGUAAAAUUAAUGAAUACACCGAUGUUAAAUAAAGUAAUGGUGCCAACUAAGGAGAUUGAAAUCUCGCAUACUAAA